AUGCAAGAGGUCGACAGAGACUGCGAGUGCGACGAUCGCGAGCCUGAACCGCGUUAUAUUCCUGAACUGUCCAACGCCAUCGAGAGAUUCCUAGACGCUCCCUAUGGAUCCCAGCUCGUCAUCCGAUUCUUCGCAGCUAUACUCAGUCAACGCGAAGCCGAUGAGUACUGCCUUGUGUACACACCCACCCCUCAACGAUACGACGAUGUGUGCGCCACAAUACCGGAACUCGUGGACCCGGAAGCACCGCAGUUUCAAACUAGGCAAUCCGUAAGACAAGUCCUGCCUGGUAUCUUCUACCGAGGAUUGUAUUCGAACGUUGUGGAUGAGUACACCGAUCAGACGGACUUGAUGUCGGGAGAAGUACUUUGGGACAAAGGUGAAGGAUAUACGACGGUAACUCGCGGUGUCAAGUGGCUUGUCGAGUGCGCACUUAUGCGUCUACCAGAUGGAGUUGCUUAUUACGCCGGGACGAGAACGGCGCUCCAGCAGCUUCUCACGCCUCAGCCAAAAUACAACAAUAGUAAAGACUACCAAGAGGGGGACCACUUCAUAACCAUGAAAGCCAUCCAACCCGCGCUCCGUCUUUUUACCAUGUGGCCCCGUUGCGACGAAGCAUCCAUAGACAGCCUGGUCGGUAUCGUAAUGGACAUCGCACUCAACGUGGCCGCAAUCUGGGACAGAAACCCAUGUUGGUAUCCAUCAUAUGCGACCUAUGUCGGCGGUUUUGUACAGGCACGCGCUCGCUUCAAGAACAUAGUCGAAGCGACUCCAUCACUUCACGGAAGUCAAGCCGAGGUGCUUCCUUACCAUACAAGAGCCGCAUUGAGGAAGAUCAAGUUUAGGGAUAUCUGGGAUGAUCUGUGGGCCGAAGCUUUUGCCCUCACCAUGGAUAAGCCGAUUGCAGACCAUAUGUACCAAGGAGUGAUGGAUCAGUUCGCCAGAGCCAUGAUACAGUCGAAAUCGCAGACUGUGGAUAUGAAGGCUCUGUUGAGAGGGAUGUGGAGAGACGGACGUUUACAAUUUCGCACUUGGAUAGAGAUGCCUGAAGCGGUUUCUUCACUGUCAGCAGACGGUAUUAGAAAGGGCGAGUUCGGAGGCAUUCCACGAACUCUGGCUCAGCGGCAAACGAUUGGAACCGAUUUCUACGACAGCGACGAAAUACACGCGUUUUGGUGCGCAAACAACUGGCAAACCGACAACGGAGAAAACACUGGAGAGGACUCCGAAGAUGGAUUCAAUCUUGACGCGAAGACCCUACGCAACCUCUACGGAAGGGCUUAUCUAGAGGCAUACGGACCUGUCAUGCAGCCAUUAGACCAUGCAAAAUGGGAUCUGGACAUCCCUCAAGAUCAGCUCUGCGUUGUGUGUCUUGAGACUCACGGCUUAUUAGGUGCCAAAAUGAGCGCUUGUGGCCAUUACUUUCAUUUCGCUUGCAUCAAAGAAUGGAUGAAUGACACUUCACCCAACUCCAACCUCUGUCCUGAAUGCCGAGCUCAGAUUUGUAAUGAACGGAGGAAGGUACGGAUGACGGGGUGGAUGACUGAUUCUGAAGAUGACUCUGAGGAUGGUGAAAAUGACUUUGAGGAUGACGAGGAUGAGGAAAGUGAUUAUGAUGAUGGAGAUGAAGACGACUCAAUGCUUGAGCAGUUGGAAGGUGACGCGCUGAGGGAUUAG